AACAAUAAACCGAAGAAAGGAAUUGAAUUUCUGCAAGAGCAUGGUUUACUAUCCUCUCCUCUCAAUCCUGAAGAAAUGGCGAAAUUUCUGCGUGAAAAUCCACGUCUGGACAAAAAGACGAUUGGUGAUUAUAUUGGGGAUAAAAAGAACUCUCGAGUAUUAGAGGCGUUUGUUAGGUAUCUUGUUUUCUUGAUAUAUAUAUAUAUAUAUAUAUAUUUUUUUUACCUUACGCGAUAUAAGGAUUGAUAAGCAAAACAACGUCUCUUAAACAGCGUAAUUACAAAGACGCCGAGCUUAAUUACCUUUUAUAUUAAGCAUUCUGCAGAAACCGGUCUGUUCAAAGAGCCAAUUAGAACUCACUCAGACUAACGUGGGAAAAAUGUGUGCCGAUUUGCUAGUCAGGUCGGUUCUGCGUUUGCUUUUUAGCGGUUGAAGAAGCAAUGACAGGCUUAACAUAAAGUAUACAACGCUAGACACACUUGAUUUUGAAAAGCUUCUUUGCUAAUUGAUUUGUAAAUGUAUUUACAGAUCUUUCCAUUUCCACGAUUUGAGAAUCGACGAAGCCCUUCGUUCAUUCCUGGAAAGUUUUCGUUUGCCUGGAGAGAGUCCUGUAAUCGAGCAUAUCAUAGAGUUCUUCUCUGAGCUCCUUUACGUAAGUAAACUCAUCAGUUGAGUGAAACAGCAAACGGGUGAAAAUUAGGUGCAAAUAAAGAAACUACACGUCGUUAAUUAGAUAAAGAAUUUUGAACGUGUUAAGUUUGCCGGAUGAUUGAGGAAAUGGCUGAGCAAGCUGGCUCGCGGGUAGACCGGUUUUUAGGGCGAAAGAAGAAAUAUCGAGGACACGCGCGUGCAUCCUUUGUCAAGACCGUGGAAAGCAAUUUUGAGCACGAAGAUUGCAAGAAAUGUUGUCUUAAACAGUUCCCAUAGUUGACUGAAAGUUACUUCAAAGUUUAAGAUCUGCUUAUUUGAAAUUCUUUGACCAGUUUGAAGCUAAAUUUCGUCGUUCUUUUUUUGCAGGAGGGUAACCCCGAGCCGUAUGCAAACAAAGAUGCUGUUUUCACGUUAUCUUAUGCUGUCAUUAUGUUGAAUGUUGAUCAACACAAUUCAAACAUUAAACAACAAAAGCCCAUGACGUGUGAGGUACAGUGUACUUCUAGAGUUUCCUUGGCUCUCUUUUAAAAUCGUGAUCUCAGACCAAUUUGUGAAACCAUUCUCCCACCAAUCGUUGUUCAUCUCUUCUGGCUGGAGUUAUAUAUAUCCAACUAGUCCUUAGACUUUUAGCAGUCUCCUGUUUUUCUUCAAAGAUAGUGGAGUGAAUGCACAACCGAAACUGAUAACCAAGUGGCGCGUUGAAACCGCGAGAAACGUAGGCGCUCUCCUCGCAGGGGUUGCCUUGUUUCUCCUCUUGCGUUUUGCUCGACAAAAAAGUGAGAGGCUACCCGUAGUGGUUCUACUUUUACGUGGUCACUAAUAUUCUCUUAAUAGCUGUUACUAUCCAAGUGAAGUAAACUUUAGCAUUUGUUAACCACCAUUGGUACCAAUGUUAGCCGUUUUACGUAUGUAUUUUGUUACUGUAGGACUUCAAAAGAAAUCUAAGAAAAACAAACGGCUCAAGUGACUUUAAAGCUAGCAUGCUGGAAGAAAUUUACCAUGCAAUCAGGUAAAGAAGCAAUAUUACAACUGAGUAGUGUUUUUUUGAAAGCACAUCGUGUCUGUAUCCCGACUGACCCUCUAUGAUAUGAGCUGCAAAGGCCCCUUCCCCCUUGUGUCUCGAGCACUACGCCUGCUUGUUGCUUCGUUUGCCUGAAAAAACGCGAACAAAAAUGGUGCCUGUUCUGCAGGCUAUUAAUAUAACAAUUCCCAUGCACUCCGGUAAGAUUUUAUUUAUCUGAAAAAAGAUAGUGUUUGGUAUUAACUUUGUACGGUCAUGGUGUCCGACCACAGUUAAGAUUUCGUCCUACACGGGUCAAUUUUAGUUGCACGUUGUCCCAUGACCGGGUGUUAUUUGCAGCUCUGAGCAUGCGUUUUACAAUUCGCUCUGUACUUUUAACAGAACUGAAGAAAUUGUGAUGCCUGCUGAAAGAAGUGGAAAAAUCAAAGAAAAUUAUGAAUGGAAGGUGAGACAAUCAAUCGCGACAUGGUUUUUGGUUAUGUUCACUCUGAAUAGCAACGGCAAAGAAAUGGAACAAGUCGUUCACUCAUAUCGCACAUCGCGCUACCGGAGCGGUUGGCCAAGAGGAUUUGGUAAACUAAAUACCAUUCCUCUCUCCUGAAUAUUUGUUUCCUUCUUAGUGGGUCCCAGUCCUCUUUUCUUCUUAUUCAAUUCCGUUACGGUCCAAAUACCUGCUAGAAGUUCUUAAAAGUGAGCGAAGCGAGCUUCAAUGCAUGAGGUCGCACAGCGACCGAGCAAGCGACGAAAUCUCGAGGUCGACUUGUUUCGCGUGAAUGGAUCUGAAUUAUAUUAUAAUUUCACGCGGGAAAAAAUAAUUCACAGAUGCUGUGUCGGGAGCAGGGUGAAAUAUCACUCACUGUCCUGAGGGUCAAUUGUCAUGGCGUCACCGGUAGAAUUUUUGACCGGUGAAUUUCGCGUCAAAGAGGUAGGAAAAGUCCUUUAAAAUGGCAUAACCAAACAGGACAAAAAAGGACUUUUAGAAAGUCUAAAUACCUGUUUAUACUGCACCAAAGUGUGGCGCAGAACCUAUCCGAUAUGUGACCCGCCAUGUUCAAGAUCGGCGCGGCACAGCUUUGCUCCGUCAAAGAAAGCACGCGGAAUUGGAAUCACUGUUCUUAUGUGUAAACAUAAGCUCUCUCCGGUAUGACUUUCGUGCCGGCGCAAAAGCUGGGAAAUUCCAGAUCUUACUAAGCAAUACAUGCCUUAAAUUUUCUAGGUUUUGUUGCGGCGAGCUGGUACACCUGAAGGAAAGUACAUUCAUGGAAUCGGCAGCAGCUUUGAUCAGGAUUUGUUUCUUAUCAUCUGGGGACCAACUGUCGCUGCUUUGUCAUACGUGUAUGAUAAUGGCCUGGAAAAGAGCGUUGUACAAAAAGCUAUUGUAGGAUUCAGGUGGGUGCGGUCAUUAACUGUCAUAAUUCUGAAUUGAAAGUCAUGGACGGUACUGGACGUUUAAAGCUGGAUCGCAAUCUAAUUUUAGAAAGACCGCGAGAGUAUUUAAAAUUUUGUUCUGUCUUUCAAGAAUUAAUAGUUGCAAGUCAUUUGUCAAGCCAAUAUACAGUUGUUGCAAGUGAGGCUGGGGAUGACCAUAGUUUCUACACAAGCAUGCAGGGUGGUUUGUAACAAACAAACUCAACUUUGGCUCGCAUUCACUCAAAGGCUACUGUAGGCUAUUAAGCGAACUACUGAAAAACAGUCUAUUGCGAGCUCAUAUUUUCUUAAGAGGAACGAAGGGUAAAUUUGACCAAACUGAUGUGAGUAUUUUUGGUUUCAGAAAAUGUGCCCUAAUUUCAGCGCAUUACAGUCUGUCGGAUGUGUUUGAUAACCUCGUAAUCUCAUUGUGUAAAUUCACCACGUUCCUGAUACCGCCAGAGGUUAGUACUUUUUCUCCUCUUUUAAGCCGGAGAGCUUACGAUUGUGAAAAAAAAUAAACGUUCUUACAUUUUGUAAGUGAUCCACCUGUUUAACACAAUUAAAUAUAUUUUUCUCUGCAUGUUUGUUAAAUUAUCGUCAUUUUUUUUUAGACCGGUGAAAGUCUUCCAGUUGCAUUUGGUAAAAAUUUGAAGGCGCAGCAGUCUGCAAGAACUCUGUUUGCACUGGCUCAUCGCCAUGGAGAUAUUCUCCGGGAAGGCUGGAAAAACAUCAUGGAUUGUAUGCUUCAACUGUUUAAGGCCAAAAUGCUGCCAAAGUCUUUGGUCGAGGUGAGGAAAAUCUCCCUAGUUAAGCGGUUUUUCUCCGUCCAAUUACAACAGAGGCUGUCAGUUCAAUGAGCCAAUCAGAAUUGGUUACGAAUACGUGCAGCCAGCAUAAAGCGCGGGAAAACGUUUGCCAGGAAGUCAUGAUUGUUUGGGGGUUGCUAAAUUUCUGAUUGGUUUAUAAUGGGCGGGUAUUUUGUAGCCGAUUACAUGGCGUAUUGUACGUCUCCAUAGUUUAUCCCCCAGUUUGAAGGAUUAUAGUGCACUUCCUCCUUCCCUUGGUCCACACACUGUACAGCAUGGCUUGUUUGAGCUCACCAGAGCAUUACACUGCCCUUGCGCCUUGGAUUUCAAAUCUUAGUCUACGUUGCCAAUACGUAUUCUCGUACGCAGCCGUUUUUUGUGACGUCAAUCAACGCUCCUUCCCACAGGAGAGGAAGAGGAGUAAUGUCGUCNACGUUGCCAAUACGUAUUCUCGUACGCAGCCGUUUUUUGUGACGUCAAUCAACGCUCCUUCCCACAGGAGAGGAAGAGGAGUAAUGUCGUCCCCAGAUCUGUUGUUGACGAAGAAGACUUCGUCAUUAAGCGAUCUGGGUAAGGAGGAGAGGAUCGUUGCGUGACGACAUAACAGCUGCGUAGGAGAGUAACCAACACAUUUGUUUACAAUUUCAUAGACUGAGUUGUUGCCGUGGUUUUGUUUUUAGGCUGAAGAUUUUGUUGAAGCUAGCGGAAGAAUAAGUCUUCUCCCGGAGGAGCUCCCGUCUACAAGGUAAAACUUCAGAAUGAAGCAUAAUCUAACGCAGAAAAUGGUAGAGCAGCCGAUUUGACCGUAGCUGACUUUAUAAAUUCUACUUGAUCACAGGCAGGAAACUUCGAUAUUUUCAUGGUGGUACUUGGUAAACCCGGAGCCGGCGAGCAACAGAGGACAAACAACGGAAGAUAAGGAAGCUCAGAAACAAGCGCAUAACUGCAUUAGAGUGAGUACAACAAUUGGCCAAUCACAAUAGUUGGGGAAAUCUAGUGAACCAAUCAGAACGAGACGCAAAUACGUGUAGCCGUGACUAGCGCGGGAACACGUGCAAACAAGGCACGAGUUGGUUUGGUUUGACUUCUGAUCGGUGGGAGGUUGGCGCGAAACUUUUUGCCGAUCAUACAGCGUAGCGAUGUACAAGGCAGCAAAUAAUAUUAAACUCUUGAAACUUGAUUUUGUGAUUUGAAUCUGUUCCGAACAAACUGUUCUUCUUGUGAAAGUUAGACUGGCUUUUCGAUAGUCCACGAGGAAGGUGGUGUCGUUUGGUCGCCUUAGGUUAUUAGUGGUAAAAGUAAAAACAAAUUUUUUUCCAGUGAGUUGCAAAUCGUUUUUUAACUUUUAUUUCUUUCCCACAGGAAUGCCACCCAGAACUUCUUAUCACAGAGAGCAAAUUCCUAAGACCCGAGUCGCUGAAUGAACUAAUGAAGGUUGUACUAUUAUCUUAUCAGAUCUAGGACGCUAUAAACAGCCUUUUAUUUAGAUGUUUCAACAUUUGGCAUUGUGAAAAGAAUAAACCCGCUUGUCGCGAAGAUUAAGUUACCCUGAUUCGCCGACGUCGCUCGCUUCUACACCCUUCAACCGGAAGCAAACAUCUUUGGAGCCAAUCAGAAUCAGGCUACAGUUUGUUUGUUCAGUUCGUUUGUUUUGUUGUCCUAUUCGAUCUUAAACGUGCGAACUCUUUCAAACAAGUUCUUAACCCAUAAAGAUCCCAAGCAAUGAAGAUCUAUUUUCUCCCAACAGUGUCAAUAUGUAUCCAAAAGAAAAGGUCACGAGAUUUUACUCCAAUCAUGAUCAUCAAGAUGGGAAAUUCUUUGAUCCAUUAUCAAAUUCUCUCAACUAAUUCUGUAAGGAAAUGUGUAGAGAUCAGUGUGGAGAAUUCGCUUGUCGAUAUUGGGGGUUCAGUGUUAAUUGCUUUGUGUGUAAACAAAAUCACGUUACUAAGCACGUGUUUGUUUAUUUUCAUUCGUUGCUUUCCUGUUUUCUCUCUUGGACUUUUAGGGUCCGACUUCUAUUUACAUAAGCACUCAUGUUACGUGUUUUACAUUUCAUUUUGUUGUUGUCCUUUUCCAUAGUUCAUUGGCCACAGAGUUCACUCUCUUGUGCGUAUUAAUUUGUUUGUUUGUUUGUUUGUUUUUUUAUAGGUGUUAAUUUAUAAUUCAAGCGUUGAUAACCAAGAAUCUUAUGAAGAAGAGGCUGCGGUUUUCUUUUUGGAACUUUUAAUCAGAGUUGUUUUGCAGAACAGGUAG